CAGGGCUAGCAGCUCUACCCAGUGGCGAUUGGCGGGUACCAGCCCGACUGACCGAGAGCAGUCCCGACUCCCAGGCGGCGCGCAAAAGCAGGGCACCAGCACCACCGGCUCGUGUCCAGACGUGCGCGCAGAGCCCCGGGCGCGGAUUCGAUACGUCAUAAAUUGGUCUAAGGUGGCUGGGUUUUUAUCUAAAUAAGUUACUGACAUCAUUCCAGAAGCUCAGCGUCCAGGUACAUCUGGCAUUAGGGUCUGAGAUUAAUUAACCCACAAGGUCAAUAUGAUCCUCAACUCUACUACUGAAGAUGGUAUUAAAAGAAUCCAAGAUGACUGUCCCAAAGCUGGAAGACACGAUUACAUAUUUGUAAUGAUCCCUACCUUAUACAGCAUCAUCUUUGUGGUGGGAAUAUUUGGAAACAGCUUGGUGGUGAUUGUCAUUUACUUUUAUAUGAAAAUGAAGACUGUGGCCAGUGUUUUUCUUUUGAAUUUAGCCCUGGCCGACUUAUGCUUUUUACUGACUUUGCCAUUAUGGGCCGUCUACACUGCUAUGGAAUACCACUGGCCUUUUGGCAAUUACCUAUGUAAGAUCGCUUCAGCCAGUGUCAGCUUCAACCUCUAUGCCAGUGUGUUUCUGCUCACAUGUCUAAGCAUUGAUCGUUACCUGGCUAUCGUUCACCCAAUGAAGUCCCGCCUCCGGCGCACAAUGCUUGUGGCCAAAGUCACUUGCAUCAUUAUUUGGCUACUGGCUGGCUUAGCCAGUUUGCCAACUGUAAUCCACCGAAACGUAUUUUUCAUUGAGAACACCAAUGUCACAGUUUGUGCUUUCCAUUACGAGUCCCAGAAUUCAACCAUCCCCGUAGGGCUGGGCCUAACCAAGAAUAUACUGGGUUUCCUAUUUCCUUUUCUGAUCAUUCUUACAAGUUACACUCUCAUCUGGAAGGCUUUGAAGAAGGCUUAUGAAAUUCAGAAGAACAAGCCAAGAAAUGAUGAUAUUUUCAAAAUAAUCUUGGCAAUUGUGCUUUUCUUUUUCUUUUCCUGGGUUCCCCAUCAAAUAUUCACUUUCCUGGAUGUUCUGAUUCAGCUGGGCAUCAUACAUGACUGUAAAAUCACAGAUAUCGUUGAUACCGCCAUGCCCAUCACUAUUUGCAUAGCUUAUUUUAACAAUUGUCUUAAUCCUCUCUUCUAUGGCUUUCUUGGGAAAAAAUUUAAAAAAUAUUUUCUCCAGCUUCUGAAGUACAUUCCCCCAAAGGCCAAAUCCCACUCAAGUUUAUCAACAAAAAUGAGCACGCUUUCUUACCGCCCCUCGGAUAAUGGAAACUCAUCCACCAAGAAGCCUCCCCCAUGUGUUGAGGUUGAGUAACACACUUGAAACCCAUCUGUGAUGUAAUCUUGUAGGAAAAGGAACAAGAGACACAUUCCUCCACAGUACUUCCCUACCAAAUAAGCAUCAGCUAUUUUUCAGAAGUUUAAGAAGAAAGUGAAUUAUGUGGACUGAAGUGACUUAUGCAAAGCUCUGAACAAAAGCUUUUCCUUUGCAACAAAACAAAGCAAAGCUGCAUUUGGCCACAUUUUGCAUUAGAUAGAUGAUGGCUGGUCAAAGAACAGUGUCAGAUACUGGAUGCCUGUGUUGAUUGGGGAAAAUUUUACUGGUAGAAAUGCCAUCUCCCCAGUCUAUUCUUGUUCUGCUAUUUACAAUUUCCACCUAAAAGUAUUUAGAAUAUGUAAAACCUUUAGAGAAGCACCAGAAGAUCAAGAUUGCUCUCCCCAGUUUCCAAAUGGCAGUAAAGCUUUUGUGCCUAUUUAGCCAUUAGUAACUGUGGUCCAUUUGUACCUGCUACUGCACAUCACAUUUUGUACAAAGGCUUGCUAACCAGUGGUUGUCAAGUUUCAGAAACUAGUGAAAUUCCAUCAGUGUCUUAUUGAUUCACACUGCCAAAACAUGCCAGCUAAAUGGCUUAUUUGUAUAAUGGUGUAUAAAAGUUCCACUACUUAUUAUAAAGAUGUUAACUCUGGUCCCAGGUUAUAGGGUCUUCCUGGUCAUUAGUUUCAUUUCAUAUCUGAGAAGUAUAUAUAUUUUGUGGAAAAAAGAUUAUAUAUCGUAAAGUAUGCCUUACUGUUUUAAAAAGUAUUCUACAUAUAUAUGCGUAUGUAUAUCUAUAUCUCUAAACUGUUGUUACUUGAUUAAAAGCUGGUAAAGUUAUAUUUACAUUAAAAUAAAAUAAUUUUGUUGC